GUAUCAGGGGGUUCGAUCGGUCAGGGGUUGACGUAGCACGGGGUUUCUGACGGUCCUUGCCUUGAAAGGAUGAUGCGACAAGGGGAACUCGAACGUGGGUGCAAGAGACGUCGUGUUUCAGCGCUGACACUACGGCUAUAUAACGCUUCCAGGGAUAGUGAACAUGGAACGGUUUGGAAGAUGGAAAUUAUUCCUCUCAUCAGUCACACACGAUCAAAAGUUGGCAUAUCGGGCUGGUCUCGCCAAUUCAAGAAAAUCUUCACGUUCGUCAACCGAAACACACUCUCUUACCUACCCAACAACUCAAAACUUCUCGACCAUGCAACUCAAGCUCGUCGCCGUCUUGUUCGCCUUGGCCCAGGUGGCCCCGAUCGUUCGAGCUGCUCCUGUCGAAUCUGCGCCGGGAGGCCACGGAGGUCACGACGACUUCAAGUGCGUCUCUGACACCAGCUUCAUGCGAGGUGGUUACGAGAUCCAAUGCGCUCCUGGAACCUACUGUGAGGAUGUCGGCGCAGAGGGCGGUUCUCCUUGCGUCUCGGAAUCUACGGGGGGUGGAGAGUCUUGCCCCCUGGACGUUGAUACACCUGGGACUGACACUACGGCUCUAGGUCCUGAUGUUCAGCCCACUCUUACCGGACUAGGCGACGCGAACGUUCCGGGUGGCGAUCCUACCGCUGCUAUCACCGGACCUGCCUCGGAUGCUACUGCGACCGCCGAUGGUCCUGCCGAAACCGAUGUGGCCGCUACCAUGACGGACGCUGCUCCAGGUGAACCGUCUGCCACUGAUGUCGAACCGACCGCGCCCAUCGGAGCCGUCUCGGACGCGACUGCGACAGCUGACGGUCCCGCUGCCACUUCGGACGGGCCUGCGAUCGGACCAAGUGGAUCGUCCAUCACUGGUGCUACGUCUAUGGAUCCCACGGGAUCCGCCCUCGCAGUCACGGGUCCUACUGAAACAGGUGCAGCACCCGCCGAUACCACUGCCGACGGAGCGCCAACGGUCGCUGCGGCCUUCAUGCGCGAUCGACCCAAGAAUGGCGAUUGGAACGCUCCUGCUGUUCCGACUGCGGACCAGGUCGUACCCAGUACAACUGCGACCGUUCCAGGUGUACCUGACACCCCCGUUGUACCGGUCGCGGCCAGCUCAACGGCUCUACCCGCGAGCAGUGAUGCUGCGAUUGCGAAUCCAGGCGCAACGACCUCGACCGGAGCCGUUGCGGCAGUGGCGACGUCUGAGCUCGCAGUUCCAGGCACUAGUAGCGUGCCGACGGGCAUUGACGGCUCGGUUCACACGGCCGCCGAGGUUCCAUACCAAGAAACCCCCCCACCCCCACCCGGGGGAGGAGAGCCUAUCGGAUUCUGUGACAUCCCGCUUGGUACUCAUUGGGCUACACUUCCAACGGCGAUGCAUGAAGCCGCAGGAUUGAUCCCGGGCGGCACCAGCAACGCUUGUGGCAAGACUGUAUUGGUUACUUACAAAGACAAGACGAUCUCUCUUGUGGUCAAGGAUAAAAAUCCGACUAAACCUGCAGAUUGGCUCGAGAUCUCGCAGGCCGCCUUCGAAGAGUUGUUUGCGAGUCUGCCCUUAGUGGCUGGUAUUACAGAUCAGCCAGGUCAGCUUGGCGUCAUCGGUUACGGGAAGAUCCCUUCCGGCCGUCCCGAGCUUGGACACGUUACCUGGAAGUACCAAGUCUAAAGUUGUUUCCUCGGACCGUACCCAUUCGCUAUGCAAGUAUUUGAAACCCGUCGGCAUGUUUACCCCCGCCCCAUUGUAAUCGUUCCUACCGUACCCAUGCAUGCGGCUAGAAGCAGCAAAGAAUUCUUGUCUACAUCUUG